AUGGCCGACCCCCAACAACCUGUUUCCACUCUGGUUAAGUGCGUUUCUUGUGCUAUAUCCUGCUACAAUCGCAGAUAUCAGAGAAGACGUCGCCACAUCAGGCCUGCUGAUAACAACCGAGUUUCUGAAUGUGCCCAACUCAAACCUUUGAGAUUCUUUGAGCCAGAAGAUAAAUUAUCUCCCGCGCUCGAUGUUCCUUUCGAGAACCUCUCUUACUGUUACGACUGCUUCACGACCCUUGAGCACUUUUUCAACGACUUACUAGAUUGGCAUGAAGACCAUUUCUCUGGAAAGAAAGAUACAUUCAUUCAUGGGAACAGUAAGAUGGAUCUCGAGACCCCCGAAGACGAGGAGGAGCUACCAGACUGGCUCAAUGAUCACUCCGAAGAUGUCAAUUAUUGGUACAAAUGUUUCAAGAACUUGGACUACUUCUUUAGGACAGAUACAUGCUUAUCUAUGCAUUCAGUCGUCCAAGACAAUCACACCAGGCCGGAAUUUAUACCUCGAAUCAUGUUCGAAUCUAUUGCCAAGCAAAGACCUGAAUUUCCAAUCAAAGUCAGAAUAAUUUGUUUAUCCUUACCCGUACCGUUCUGCGCUGCCUGCAACAUCAGCUUUGAAUCCGUGAAGGAGGUCGAAGAACAUAACGAAGACAAGCAUGGCGGACCACCAGUCAAUCACCGUUAUGACAGCUCGGUAGAUGAGUCAUCAGACAGCUCGGUAGAUGAGUCAUCAGACAACUCGGUAGAUGAGUCAUCAGACAACUCAUCAGACUUGCUUAAAUCAACUGCUACCCCCAAGUCUUCGUGGUAUUGUUCCUUUUGUGAGAUGCCCUACGAUACCGAGGAGGAAGUCGACGAACACAACAAGGAUAGGCACGGGCGUUUGUCUCGCUUCUAUUUAGAGCACGCAAGAGAGACCAAUACUUGUAUCUGCAACGAAACCUUGGACUCUCCCCAAGAACUCACCAGACAUGUUCUCGAACAUGAAACCAGUUACGUUUUUAAACGUCUUCCUGCGUUAGCCUGGUAUUGUACCGAUUGUGGAAGAAUCGUCAACACUCAAUCAGAACUCGGAGAUCAUUUCAGGUGGUACCAUCCGGAAACAAAACAAGCUUCCCAAGCUUCCUUUACAGUUCCCCGCUUGGGUGCCUGGUAUUGUAGCGUCUGUGAAGAGGGUUUCAAGUCCCAACACGAAGUUGACGUUCAUAAUGAGAGCGAGCAUAAGGGGCAAAGUGUCUUUGUCGCACAUCGUGCCAGGCUCACCCAUACUUGCCUCACUUGUAACAGAAGAUUCAACACCCAAAUCGAACUCGAAAACCAUGCCAGUAGCUCGAAGCAUAUGCAGCCACUACCUUCACCCAUUGAUCUCCAAAUCAGACGAGACCCAAUCGCUUUUAAGAACGCCUUGAGACUGGAGUACGAAACGCGCUUCUUGUCCGAAGACGACCCAGAGUUCCUUUUUUCUUGUCUCGGCUGUAAAGAGACUUUCAAAUCUCUACAGGGACUGGAGGACCAUGACGCGAAUGAGCACAAUAUAUUUCCGGGUACCCCUGAAUCUAUUGCCGUGGCCGACUCGUCUUAUGUAAACGCUGCUUCUUGCAGGAUCUGUGGGAUACUAAAACCGACCAGAGACGACAUCGAUCUUCACGGCAUUCGUAGCCAUGAAGACCCAGCAGUCUGUAUUGUCGUGAGAGGCUUUUCUUGUAAUGUCUGUCGCAAGGUUUUUAAGGCCAAACGUUCAGUCGCAACACACAUCGCCAAUGUACAUAAUGCACCACGAGGCCCACCUGUAAUGCACGAUAUCAAGUGUACUGAAUGCGACAUAGACAAACGUUUCUCUGAACAAGGACUUAGGGCUCAUAAGAAUGACAAACAUAACCCCCAGAUCUGUGUUUGCGGUUGGAAUUACCCUGGCCUGGCUUCUUUGAAAGCACAUCAACAGAGAUGCUACUUGGCUGGGAGAGUCCAUUCCCAAAAGGUCAAGCCAACACCAGAGCAACUGGAAGGACCUGCUAUCGUCAAGCAACGCGGUCCAGUUGUACCUUAUUGGGGUGACAGGAGGCUUGACGUUUCGAAAUACGAAUCGGUAGUGGAGCUAGAGUUUGACUCAGAGGAAGGCUCAGAAGAUGAGUCCGAGCGUGAGGUCAAGGGCGAUCCCAAGGGUGACUCCAAGGAUGAUUCUGAGGGUGACUCUAAGGGUGACUCCGAGGGCGAGUCAGAAUCUGAUGAAGAUGAAGAUGACGAAGAUUCAAAAUGGCCCGAAGAGGGUGAACUAGGUCGUGUCCCAUGCCUUUUCAGACGAGAUGGCUGCGGCAAAGUCUUUCACAAAGCCUCACUGAUGAUACAGCAUCAUGAAUUUCACGAUUGCAUUUUCGAUGAAGCGCCGGACCUUUAUCAAAUUUUCAACGACGAGAUGGAAGAGAGUAGUCGAAAACUCUAUGAUAAACGCUGCCGUAUUUUCAGGUGUCCGAAUUGCGACAACGAAGGCGGAGGCAGGUUUAGAUUUUUGACUCACCUGGUUGCACAUGCUGAAAGCAGCGCUUGCGAUUUGAAAGUUCGCACCGGUCCUCUCAGGGACGUCGAAUACAGUCUGCUGUGCUGGGCGGAGAAGACGUCCAGACUUAGGCGUCGUUACGGAAGUAGGGUUUUGUUGAAGCCAUCUGAGGGUUAG